CGUGCUCAGGCAAGUGAUGGCGGCGCUGGUUGUGUCCCGGGCAGCGGAGCAGGGCGGCCGAAACGGCCCUGGCAGAGGGGCACCGACAGACCCUGAAAAGGGGUCCCUAUUCCACCUCAGUCUGGCUGCGGCCAAAGACAGACACCAGCUCAGGCCUUAUAUCCAUUCUAGUUCGGGCCCCUCGGGGCCGCGUGGCCAAUCAGAUCCCCCCUGAGAUCCUGAAGAACUCCCAGCUGCAGGCAGCAAUCCAGGUCCUGCCUUCCAACUACAACUUUGAGAUCCCCAAGACCAUCUGGAGGAUCCAACAAGCCCAGGCCAAGAAGGUGGCCUUGCAAAUGCCGGAAGGCCUCCUCCUCUUUGCCUGUACCAUCGUGGAUAUCUUGGAAAGAGAAAGAAACCAAUCCCAGCGUCUUCAAAGCUGCACCCAGAGCAGGUGGUAGGACCCAGGGAGGAACCUGAGAAUUCUCCAAGCCGCCCCUGAAAUGUGCUGAGUGGUUCACGGAGGCUGAAGUGAUGGUGAUGGGUGACGUGACCUAUGGGGCUUGCUGUGUGGAUGACUUCACGGCGAGGGCCCUGGGAGCUGACUUCUUGGUGCACUAUGGCCACAGUUGCCUGGUUCCCAUGGACACCUCGGCCCAAGACUUCCGGGUGCUGUACGUCUUUGUGGACAUCCGGAUAGACACUGCCCACCUCCUGGACUCUCUCCGCCUCACCUUUCCCCCAGCCACCGCCCUUGCCCUGGUCAGCACCAUUCAGUUUGUGUCGACCUUGCAGGCAGCCGCCCAGGAGCUGAAAGCUGAGUACCGUGUGAGUGUCCCACAGUGCAAGCCCCUGUCCCCUGGAGAGAUUCUGGGCUGCACAUCCCCCCGACUGCCCGAAGAGGUGGAGGCCGUUGUGUAUCUUGGAGAUGGCCGCUUCCAUCUGGAGUCUGUCAUGAUUGCCAACCCCAAUGUCCCCGCUUACCGGUAUGACCCGUACAGCAAAGUCCUGUCCAGAGAGCACUAUGACCACCAGCGCAUGCGGGCUGCUCGCCAGGAAGCCAUAGCCACCGCCCGCUCCGCUAAGUCCUGGGGCCUUAUUCUGGGCACUCUGGGCCGCCAGGGCAGUCCUAAGAUCCUGGAGCACCUGGAAUCUCGACUCCGAGCCUUGGGCCUUUCCUUCGUGAGGCUGCUGCUCUCUGAGAUCUUCCCCAGCAAGCUUGGCCUACUUCCCGAGGUGGAUGUGUGGGUGCAGGUGGCAUGUCCACGUCUCUCCAUUGACUGGGGCACAGCCUUCCCCAAGCCUCUGCUGACACCCUAUGAGGCGGCCGUGGCUCUGAGGGACAUUUCCUGGCAGCAGCCCUACCCGAUGGACUUCUACGCUGGCAGCUCCUUGGGGCCCUGGACGGUGAACCACGGCCUGGACCGGCGUCCCCAGACCCCGGGCCGACCCACGCGGGGGAAGGUGCAGGAGGGGUCCACGCAUCCCCCUUCAGCCGUGGCUUGCGAGGACUGCAGCUGCAGAGACAAGAAGGUGGCGCCGCUUGCUCCUUGACAAGCUCCGGGGCCUCAGGGUCCUGCCCUCCAGAGGAGCAGCCUCGAGGCUGGUGGUUUUCAGAGCAGGAGGCGGACGUUUUCUCCGCAUUGGAAGAGCCCGCCGUAUGCAGGGGCCUGGAGGAAUCCCUGGGGAUGGUGGCGCAGGCACUCAGCAGGCUGGGGCCUUUUGACGGCCUUCUUGGUUUCAGCCAAGGGGCUGCGCUAGCAGCCUUUAUAUGUGCCCUGGGCCAGGCAGGCGAUCCCCGCUUCCCCUUGCCACGGUUUAUCAUCUUGGUAUCUGGUUUCUGUCCCCGGGGCCUUGGGUUCAAGGAAUCCAUCCUGCAAAGGCCCUUGUCAUUGCCUUCACUCCAUGUUUUCGGGGACACUGACAAAGUCAUCCCCUCUCCGGAGAGUAUGCAAUUGGCCAGCCGAUUCCCCGGAGCCAUCACCCUCACCCACUCUGGUGGCCACUUCAUUCCAGCA